UGAUCCUCCUUGUGUGCGCAGUCUUGGUGUAGCCCGGAGCCGAGCACAGUUACCCGGUGCGACCAGCGGUAAACAUCAGUGACUCUCAAGCUGCACCGUUAGACACCAACCACAGGCUACUGCCGCUGAAUAAAAAUAAACACACAAGUACGCACGAAAGAGAGCAGGUGAAAUCAAAGUGAGCUGAUCCUCAUUCGUUCCCUCUCUAUUUUGGUUCUGGCCAAGCUGCUAUUCUUCUACAAAUGGAUAAUGGAGACUGGGGCCAUAGGAUGACUACUCCUGUUACCUUGAACGUGGGAGGCCACCUAUACACCACCAGUUUAUCCACGCUGCAGCGCUAUCCGGACUCCAUGCUGGGAGCCAUGUUCCGAGGAGAUUUCCCUACAACCCGCGAUUCCCAAGGGAAUUACUUCAUCGACCGGGAUGGAACACUUUUCCGGUACAUCCUGAACUUCCUGCGGACAUCUGAGCUUACCCUUCCUUUGGACUUCACAGAGACGGACCUCCUGAGGAAAGAGGCGGACUUCUACCAGAUCGAACCUUUGAUCCAGUGCCUUAACGAUCCAAAGCCGCUGUACCCUCCUGACAUCUUUGAGCAGGUCGUGGAGCUCUCCAGCACUCGGAAACUGUCAAAGUACUCAAACCCUGUUGCUGUUAUCAUCACGCAGCUAACCAUAACUACUAAGGUUCAUGCCCUGCUAGAAGGUAUUUCUAACAACUUCACCAAGUGGAACAAACACAUGAUGGACACCAGAGACUGCCAAGUGUCAUUCACCUUUGGACCAUGUGACUAUCACCAAGAGGUGUCCCUAAGGGUUCACCUGAUGGACUACAUAAUGAAACAGGGCUUCACCAUUCGGAACACACGCGUGCAUCACAUGAGUGAGCGUGCCAAUGAGAACACGGUGGAGCAUCACUGGACUUUCUGCAGACCCGCUCAUAAAGUUGAAGACUGAGUUUGCGUAGCACAAUUGUUAUAGGUGACACUACUGCUGGAUUUGUCUUUUAUGUUACGCAAAUCAUGAUUUUAAAAAAGGAAAAUCCAGAAAGCAAAAAUCAAAGAAGAUGUGAAUUUGGAUUUAUUCACCUGUUCGGGGCUACAACUUUGCCUGUGCUACCCCUACACAUGUUUAUUAGAGUGCAAGGCCUACCAUAGAAACAUGGGAUUUUAUACAUAUAGGGACAUUGAAUCGUCCCUAUACUAAAAUAGUGUGGGUAAAUUAUUAUUAUAGGAAUAGCGGUGGCUUAAAAAAAAGUCUUUACAAAUGAGGUCAUAAAGAAGGUAUGAUUUGAGUCUGCCUAUGCCGAGUACCUUAAUAGUAAAAAAAAAAUGCAUUCAUACGAAGUUAAGCCACAAUUUCUAGAAAAAAAAUAGAACUGUAGAAGGUAAUUUAAAAUUAUUAUUGACUCCAGACACAUCACUAAAUGUUUUUGUAAGAUGUCAGGAGUAUACUUUUUAUAAUACUAAUAAUAUGAAUAAUAACUUAUUUAGCUCAGUAGCUUCCUGGUCAGUUUCUAGUAGAUCUUGAAAUUAGUCUCUUAGGUCUAGCCCCUUGUAUGGUACUAUUUCUGAAGCCCCCAGUAGUUGUUGCAUGUGUCUGACUGUUUUGUGUAUGUAUAUUGUACAUAUCUCCUGUGCGCGGUUUAAAAUACACCAUACUGUUACUGUUCAUAUCACCAGUAAUGUUUCCAGCCAUCACAGCCAAAAUAAACCCAUCUGUGUAUUUCAUUUCAUUAAAUUUUCAUAGUUUCUCAUUUUAACUCUGAUGGUUUAGAUCUGAUGUAAUUUGUCAGUUCUAACAUCAAGGCUCCGUGCAGUCGUGUACAAGGUCACUAUAGCUGUUAUUUGGAGGAAAUAGAACAUCUAUGAAACACAAUGAUUGAUCUGAAUAAUAAAGCGUGUAUAUAUUUAACAUUAGGUGCAAUAGUUUUGCAAAAAUAUUUUUUAAAACUGAUUUUCUUCACAAAACAA